AUGGGAAUGGGAGGAGCGGAAUUAGCAGGCGGAAUCCGAUGGAUUACUCGAUGUUCGAGCCACGGUGGGCACCCAUUCAGAAUGCCAUUGACGGUCCAGUGGAAACUUAAACGGUCUGCAUCUCCCCACUUUGAGGAGGCCACCACCACUAGUCAGGAACUUGAUUGGCACAUCGAGGUCUUCUGGAGCAUCUGUCGAAGGUCCGAAGGAGGGGUGGCGUCUUGGUUAACUGAUUUAGGAGGACUAGACCAGGGUCACAGGCUUGCUGCGGCUGGAGGGACUUAUUGGAUCGCAAAUUUCGAUCUGGAGCACCGUCCGAUACACCGUAAGGCAAUGUUGGCCUAUAGGGAAGGAGGAGGACGAGGUAGUGGUGUGGGUGCUAAGAGUGCUAGAUACUACUAUGGUAGCGCGGAGACAUUCUCGGGGGUCACCGAUUGGAUGAACCUCAGAUGGGUGGCCAGGGGUGAGGGAAAGGAGUGA